AAGGUGAUCUGGCAACGGUCGCCCAAGUUCUCCUUGAUUCCGACCCGCUCGACAACGCGAGUCCGCCGUCGUUCCGUCCAAUUCGCCGCUCGGUCUUUUUUACUUUCUCCCUUUACCAUCAUCAUCGCCGCCCACCAGCUGGCCGUCCACAAUCGUUACAAUAUCCUAUAGCCGGGCCCUGAUCCCAUUCUGCUUUCUUCCCAGGGUGCCUUUUUGAACCGCGUCCCUCAUUUUUGUUCUCCACCGCCGGCUGGCCCGUCAAUUGACCGUAUACGCGCACCCCUCUGCUCCUCCCCCACCCGCUCACCUCCUGAGAUCGCACCGAUCCGCCCGAACGAACAAAUAUGGCAGCGGUAAACAUGUCUGUCAUGCCCGCCAACAUGCCGCUUGACUUUAUGCCCGUCCACUCCCGCUCCAACUCCUUCUCCUCCGCGUCCUCCCACUCGGCGUCGCGUCCCCAGUCUUCACAGGGCGCCUACGGCCACAUGUCUGGCAUGCCAGCAGCAGAAGAUAUGUACAGGGCGGGCUAUCAUAUGCCCAUCGACCACAACCCCGGCCACGGUCCGCUCCAGCCGCAUCGCCGACCAAGCCACCUGCGCGCUCGCGCCGCCGCAUCCCCCUACCCGCGCGAUACCGACUCGGUGCACUCAUCUUCAUCGGAGACGGACGAUAUAGGCAUGUAUCUCGGCCAGCAGCCGCCCGAUUAUCACCCCAUGUAUGCCACUGGCCCCCACAUGCACCUGGGCCAGUCGCAGGAGACGAUGCACACGACGAGCGCCAUGGGCCGGAUGUCCAUCGCCGCGCACGCGGUUAGCAACGACCAGGCGCUCGAGAAGCUCGCCGCAAAUGUGCGCGCGGCAACGACGACGAGCGCGUCGGACCGCGCAAAGCAGAUCUUCGUGCAGGCAUGGCUGACGGCGAACUACGCGCCGUACCCGGAUGGCAACGUGCCCCGGCAGGGCCUCUACUUUUCGUACCGGCGGGUGUGCGACCAGUAUGGGAUCCCUCACAUCAACACCGCGACGCUGGGCAAGGCGAUCCGCCUCUGCUUCCCGACCAUUAAGACGCGCCGUCUGGGCGUUCGUGGGAACAGCAAGUACCACUACUGCGGCAUCCGCCCCGCGACCUCGACGGAGGCAGAGUUCCUGCAGGACUACAUCCACAAGUCAAACAACACCGCCGGGCAGCAGUCGGUGAACGCCGCGAGACUCGCGGUGCAGGAGCAGGAGGGUGGUUCUGGCCGUGCGGAUGGCUCGGACGAGGAAGAGGAGGACGAGUCGGAUGGCGCCAACUCUGGCAUGGGCUCGAAGCGUAAUUCGCUGCACCUACCCACAGACAAGGCCGCCGCGUUCCCCCGUGAUCUAGCUGACAAGACCCCGACGGCAAACACUGCGCUCUCGCAGGCGCAGGCCCAGCGCCCAAACUUCUCCGCGACGCAAGCGUCCAUACGACGGCACCCGGGCGCAGACGCCCAGUCGCUCGCUUUCGCGUCGACCUCAGCCGCGGCUGUACCGCCGCCGUCCGGGCCGCUGCCCUACCCGGUCCCCCAACCGACCCUCUCGGUGCGGCAGUUCCCCAACUUCCCGCAGAUCGAGGAGGCCGUCGGCGCGAACUCGACGUCCCCGCACGGCAUCGCCGCGCGCGAGGUCUGGGGCUGGUUCUUGGAUCACCUGGAUGCAAUCCUCGACAGUGUGCGCCACUUCCGCUUCGACCAGUUCGAGAUGACCCUCCGCAACUUCUGGAUGAACUUGACGGGGAACCAUCGCGAAGUUGUGCAUGCGCCAGCCAUCGCGGGCUUGAUGGCCAAGGCGGAUGCUAUUGUAUAUGAUGAGAUAUUGGAGAUACUACGAUCGCAGAUGCUGACGCCGAUACCGUCGCAGGCGCUUGCGAGCCUGCGUCAGCUUGCGAUCAAAAUGGAGAAGAUACUCGUGUCGGCACUGGAUAGCUACGGCAACACAUUCGUCGAGCCCAAGGUCGAGCUCGGAGCAAGGUUUGGACACCUGAUACUCCGCUUCCUGGACAUCUACCAGGUCAUACAAGCUCUCAACACGGUACUCACGAACCCAAAGCAGCUGGGCGAGAUGCGUCGGUCCUGGCAAAAGGUUGACUUUGACUCCGUGCGGAACCAGUCCGCGCUGGUGUGCAACUGCAGGCACGAGGAUCUGGUGCAGCUCCUGGAGGUGGACUUCGUCGCGCUCAUGGACACGCUCGCGAAGACGCCCGAGCCUGUGAAGGAAGUCAUGUCGUGGGCGGACAAGUGCUGUGAGCGCCUGAUGGGCGGUCGCGGUGCUGGCGACGACCGUGGGUCGAUGAGCUCGAGGAGUGUGUUGAUUCGUUGGGGAUAUGUGACGAGUCAGGUCAUGCGCGAUCUGACGAUCCGGAGCGACCCUGCCUUCGGUGCCUUUCAGAUCCUGAAGCUGUUCCUUGACGACUGGAUCUCUGUGAACGUCCUCCGCACGGUUGCGUUGUCGACGAACUCCGUUGCCGCGUCCGUCGAGCCCGUCAUGCAGCAGCAGUUCUUCUCGAUGUCGCCCAUGCCUGGUCAGGAGUCCUUCGGCGCCCCGGGCAUGAUGGCGCACACGCCGACGACGUCAAGCAUGCUCGCCGCGCUUCAGAGUGAAACCUUCACGGGAGGCCCGCUCGAUGCGCAAGCAGGCCUCAGCGCCGACGCUUAUGCCGCGUUCUCGUACAUGGAUGCCCCCGCAACCACAGACGCCGGCAUGACGCCGAACGUCGAGCACCUUGGCGGUGGCGAGCCCAUGUCCGCCGCCGCUGGCGCUGAGCACGCGGCCAUGCAGGCCGAGCAGCUCUCCGCGGCGGAGCACAUGUCUGACCACGGCCUGUCGUUCGCCGAGUUCGGCGCGACCGGCGGCGCCUUCGACGUGUCGAACUUUGGCGCGCAGGACCUCAUGGCGCACCCCGCCGCUGCCGCGACGACGCCUGGAUCCGUAGGCAGCGCCGAUGAGGCGGGUUCCGCGCACUCGUCCGCGUCGCCCGCCGUCGCUGGCUCGCCCUCGUCGAACGCCGCUCCCGCAUCAUGACCACGCUCCAGUCCACCCGCCCUCCUCUCCUCCCCUUCGCGUAGUUAAUUAUUAUCCUCCUCCUCUUGCUUUUCCCUAUCAUAUCGUUGUCGCUCGCUCACUUUCGCUGGUAGUAUACAUUGGUCUUUUUAUUAUUUGCAGCGCGUCGCUACGCCACGCCCAAGUCGUUCAUACUGGUCUUCAUUUUCUCUCUACAUAUCUCUCCUCUCGUCUCUCGCCGUCUCAGUCCGUCUCUGUGUUAUGCGCUAUAUAUUCUCCCCCGCGUCGUAUAUACUACGUGUACAGCAAUCUAGCCGUGAAGAACAUGUACAGGUGGCGCGUGUCGGAGUAGUAGUAGGAUGGGCUCUAUGAUACC